AUGGUUUCUACUAUCGGAUGGACAGUGGAAGACUGGAAGAAAGCUCAUUACAGCUCAACACCACAGGAAUCAUUCAACUUAUUAAAGAAUCUACUUAAAUCACAAAAAUCAACACCAGAAGAUCCGGCUUGGAUUUCAUUAGCUACAGUUGAUGAUUUAACGCAUCAGUGGAACUUUUUACAAUCAAAAGCUAAUAAAACAUCACUCCCCUUAUACGGUGUUCCAAUAGCCGUCAAAGACAAUAUUGACGCUAAAGGAUUUGAAACAACUGCUGCUUGUCCUUCAUUUAGUUACAAACCAGAAAAGGAUGCUACAACAGUUAAGCUAUUAAGAGAUGCUGGUGCAAUUAUAAUAGGUAAAACAAACUUGGAUCAAUUUGCUACUGGUUUAGUGGGUACUAGAUCACCAUAUGGGAUAACUCCAAACACUUUUAACAAGGAAUAUGUCAGUGGUGGAUCAUCCGCUGGUUCAGCUUCGGUUGUCGCUAGAGGAAUUGUACCAAUAUCAUUAGGUACUGAUACCGCCGGUUCAGGUAGAGUACCAGCUGCAUUAAACAAUAUCAUUGGUUUAAAGCCUACGAAAGGUGUAUUUUCAUGCAGUGGUGUGGUUCCAGCUUGUAAAUCGUUGGAUUGUGUUUCCAUUUUUUCUACUACAUUACAAGAUGCACAAUUAACAUUUGAAAUCAUGGCUAAGGAAGAUGGUGAAAACGACGAGUAUUCGAGAGAGAUGCCGGCUAACCCAUUAUUGAAAUUCUCGCAAAAGCCAAAAAUUGUCGUGCCUACCAACUUGAUAUGGUGCGGUGAGACGGAAAAUCCAGGAUUAUACAACAAAGCAGUUGAAAUAUUUGCAAAUAACGUUGGAGCUGAAUUGGUCUCAUUAGACAUUGAACCAUUGCUUGAGUUGGCCAGAUGUUUAUACGAAGGUCCAUGGGUGACGGAAAGAUUUGUUGCUGUACGAGACUUUUUAGCAACUAACCCACCAGCCAAAGAUUUGGAUCCUACUGUUCUUAAUAUUAUCAAAGGGGGCGAGCACUAUUCUGCUGCCCAAUGCUUUGAGUUCGAAUACAAGAGACAAAGAAUCUUGCAAAAGGUAAAGAGAUUGUUGAAGGAUAUCGAUGCGAUUGUCGUUCCAACAGCACCUUUGAAUCCAAAGAUUGAGGAAGUUCUUACCGAACCAAUCAAAGUCAACUCAUGCCAGGGAACUUAUACAAACUUUGUCAAUUUGGCAGACAUGUCAGCGUUGGCUAUACCUGCGGGGUUUAGAAAAGAUGGUCAACCUUUUGGUAUCACUUUGUUGUCUCACAAAUUUAAUGAUUAUGCAUUAUUAGAUUUGGCAAGUCGAUACAUGGAAUCCUACACAAAGACUGUACCAUUCUUCUAUGGCGCAUUGAAAGAGAAAUUAAUCGAAUCAUCAAUCUCCGAAGAGUUGCUUCCAAAUGUUCCUAGAAGCUCCCCCUCAGAGCAAGUCAGGUUGGCCGUUGUUGGUGCACAUUUGAAGGGAUUUCAAUUGCACUGGCAACUAGAGAAAGUAGAUGCAAGAUUUGUCAAAUCGACUACCACUUCAAAGAACUAUAAACUAUACGCUUUACCAAAGACCGGUCCCGUUGCGAAACCUGGUUUGAGAAGAGUUGGGGAAGACGGUGCCCAUAUUGCCGUUGAAAUUUACUCCAUACCGAAGGAAAACUUUGGAACAUUUAUUAACUUCGUCCCUGAACCAUUGGGAAUUGGAUCAGCAGAGUUGGUAUCCGGUGAAUGGGUCAAGUCAUUCAUUUGUGAAGAAUCUGGUUACAAUGCGCCAGGAACAGUUGAUAUUUCUAUCUAUGGUGGGUGGAAAAACUAUCAAGAGCACCUCGCUGCUGAAUCGAAAAAGUAUAAAAAACCGUUUAACUCAGUUUUGGUGGCCAACAGAGGUGAAAUUGCUGUACGUAUAAUCAAGACGUUGAAGAAGUUGGGCAUCAAGUCCAUUGCUAUAUAUUCAGAUCCCGAUAAGUAUGCAGAACAUGUUACUAGUGCAGAUGUAGCAAUUCCAUUGCACGGUACAACCGCUGCGCAAACAUACAUUGAUAUUGACAAAGUAAUAAACGCUGCCAAAGAGUCCGGAGCUGAAGCUAUUAUUCCAGGAUACGGUUUCUUGUCUGAAAAUGCCGACUUUUCUGAUCGUUGUGGUAAGGAAGGAAUCGUCUUUGUUGGUCCUUCAGGAGAUGCUAUCAGAAAAUUGGGGCUAAAACACUCAGCACGUGAAAUCGCUGAAAAAGCUGGUGUUCCAUUAGUUCCGGGAUCCGGAUUGGUCAAAGAUGCCAAGGAAGCAAGAGAAAUUGCCGCCAAAUUGGAGUACCCAAUCAUGGUUAAAUCAACUGCGGGUGGUGGGGGUAUUGGUUUGCAAAAGGUUGAUUCUGAAAAGGAUAUUGAAAGAAUCUUUGAAACAGUUCAACAUCAAGGAUUGUCAUACUUUGGUGAUUCUGGAGUUUUCCUUGAACGAUUUGUCGAAAAUGCUAGACAUGUGGAGAUUCAAAUGUUGGGUGAUGGUUAUGGUCACGCCAUUGCCGUUGGUGAAAGAGAUUGCUCAUUGCAAAGAAGAAACCAAAAGAUUAUUGAAGAAACACCAGCCCCCAACUUGCCUGAAGCUACGCGUCAAAGAAUGAGAAAAGCAGCUGAAAGUUUGGGUUCGUCAAUGAAGUACAAGUGCGCGGGUACUGUUGAAUAUAUUUACGAUCCAAAGAGAGAUGAAUUUUACUUCCUUGAGGUUAACGCUAGAUUGCAAGUUGAACAUCCAAUCACGGAAAUGGUUACUGGAUUAGAUUUGGUUGAAUGGAUGCUUUUAAUUGCUGCAGAUACCCCGCCAGAUUUCAACCAAAAGGUUGAAGUAAAGGGAGCAUCAAUGGAGGCUAGAUUGUAUGCUGAGAACCCAGCCAAGGGAUUCAAACCAUCACCAGGUCAAUUAACUGAAGUUAAGUUUCCUAAAUGGGCAAGAGUUGAUACUUGGGUUCAAAAGGGUACUGUGGUUUCAGCUGAAUAUGAUCCAACUUUGGCAAAGAUUAUUGUUCAUGGAAAGGAUAGAAAUGACGCAUUGAAAAAAUUGCGUCAAGCUUUAGAUGAAACUGUUGUUUACGGAUGUAUUACUAAUGUUGACUAUCUUCGCUCGAUUGCCAACUCAAAGAUGUUUGAAGAGGCUAGAGUGGCUACAAAAGUGUUGGACACUUAUGAAUAUAAACCACAUGCUAUUGAAAUCUUGAGUCCUGGUGCUUACACCACCGUUCAAGAUUACCCCGGUAGAAGAGGGUACUGGAAUAUUGGAGUUCCACCUUCAGGAUGUAUGGAUCAAUACUCAUUCAGACUUGCAAACAGAAUAGUUGGUAAUGAUAGUAGUGCUCCUGGUUUGGAAAUUACACUCAAUGGUCCGAAGAUUUUGUUCCACCAAAAAUGUGUUGUUGCUGUUACCGGUGGUAAAGCACCAAUUGAAGUCAAUGAAAAACAAGUUUCACAAUGGGAGCCAAUUGAAAUCAAAAGUGGUGACACUUUGUCCAUUGGUAAGUUAACUACUGGUUGUCGUGCAUACUUGGCUAUCAGAGGCGGUAUUGAUGUUGUUGAGUAUUUAGGAUCUAGGUCUACAUUUGCUUUGGGUAAUUUGGGAGGCUACAAUGGAAGGGUUUUGAAAUUUGGUGAUGUCUUGUUUUUGGGUCAACCAGAGAUUUCUAGUUGCACCUUGGCUCCUCCGGUUUCCAACCCAACAUCAGUUCCAUCAUCACUUAUUCCCAGUUACGACAACAAAGUUUGGCAAAUUGGUGUCACUUGUGGUCCUCAUGGAUCCCCAGAUUUCUUUAAACCAGAAUCAGUAUCGGAAUUCUUUUCAUCUACUUGGAAGGUUCACUACAACUCAAAUAGAUUUGGUGUUAGAUUAAUUGGUCCAAAACCUAAAUGGGCUAGGUCAGAUGGUGGUGAAGCAGGUCUACACCCAUCAAAUGCUCAUGAUUAUGUUUAUUCCAUGGGUGCUGUCAAUUUUACCGGGGAUGAACCGGUUGUUUUGACAUGCGAUGGUCCAAGUUUGGGUGGAUUUGUUUGUGAAGCCGUUGUCGCUGAAGCGGAAUUGUGGAAGAUUGGUCAAGUGAAACCUGGUGAAUCGAUUCAAUUUAUUCCAAUCACGUAUGACUCUGCUAAACAAUUGAAACGUAAACAAGAUGCUGGAGUUGAGUUAUUAAAAGGUGAAUUAGGUGAUGUUGAGAGUUAUGGUUUGGUGCAUCCAGAAACACCAGUACUUUGUCAAAUUCAAGUUUCUGAAACAUCUCCAAAGAUCACUUACCGUCAAGCUGGUGAUAGAUAUAUCCUUGUUGAGUAUGGAGAAAACAUUUUAGACUUGAAUAAAGCUUACAGGAUCCACAAGUUAGUGGAAAUGGUUAAAGAAUAUAAACCAAAGGGGAUUUUUGAAUUGUCACCAGGUGUUAGAUCCGUCUUGGUUGAAUUUACUGAUGAAAUCACUCAAAAGGAAGCAUUGGACACUCUUGUUGCUUAUGAGAAGGAAAUUGCAUUUGUCAACAAAUGGAGAGUGAAGUCUAGAGUUAUCAAGUUGCCAAUGGCAUUUGAAGAUCAAAAAACAUUAGAUGCCGUCAAGAGAUAUCAAGAAACCAUUAGAAGUGAAGCACCUUGGUUGCCAAAUAAUGUUGAUUUCAUAGCCAACAUCAAUGGAAUCACAAGAAACGAUGUUAAGGAUAUGUUGUACACUGCUCGAUUUUUGGUUUUGGGUUUGGGUGAUGUUUUCCUUGGAGCACCAUGUGCUGUACCAUUGGAUCCAAGACAUAGGUUGUUGGGAACAAAGUAUAACCCAUCAAGAACAUAUACCCCCAAUGGUACCGUUGGAAUUGGUGGUAACUACAUGUGUAUUUAUACCAUGGAAUCACCAGGUGGAUAUCAAUUAGUUGGUAGAACCGUGCCCAUUUGGGAUAAAUUGACUCUUGGUGAGCACUCUACAGAUAAGCCAUGGUUGUUGUCGCCAUUUGACCAAAUUGAAUUUUACCCAGUUAGUGAAGCUGAAAUUGACAAGUUUUCUGAAGAAAUGAAUGUUGGUAGAUUCAAAGUUGACAUUAUUGAUUCCGUUUUUGACCAUGGACAAUAUUUGCAAUGGAUUCAAGCAAACUCAGAAUCCAUUGAACAAUUCCAACAAUCACAAGGCGGUGAAAAAUUGGAAGAGUUUAACAGGUUGAUUCAAAUUUCAAAUAGUGAAUUGGAACAGAAUGGAACUAAAGUACAAGAAGAUGAAAAGUUUAAUGAAAAUGCUGAAAUGGUUUAUUCGGAAUACUCCGGUAGAUUCUGGAAGAGUCUUGUUAGUGUUGGUGAUAAAGUUGACAAAGAUCAACCAUUAAUUGUUGUUGAAGCUAUGAAGACGGAAAUGAUGGUUAAUGCACCAAAAGGAGGAGAAGUUGUUAAAAUUUAUCACAAGAAUGGUGAUAUGGUUGAUGCAGGUGAUUUAGUUGUUGUUAUAGAAUAA